AUGGCCGAAGCAAAUUUAUUAUACCUGAAGUCAUUGGACAGUACACCGCCCUCGCCUGUUGGAGACCAUGAACAUCAGGUGUCUCAUAGCCCCGUGCACUGGUCGAAUUAUAUCUCACCUCCGCGAUCAAUUACCCCCAGGUAUUUCCAUUUCGAGCACACCAGUCCCAGUGACCCCAUUCGUACUUGUAAUAACAGCCCAAGAAGAUGGAUGAGCUCCAGCAAUCUAUUUACCCCUGUCCAAUCAUACCCCGGUGCUCAGACUCCUGAUAUGUCGCACCCCCCUAAUAUGGAUUGGUUUUUCGACUCGAGAGAAGUUUCUCCCGGACUCGAUCCCACCGAUCCGUGGUCCAAUAAUGAGAAUAUCGAAACUCGACCAUCUCUUCCAGGAACACUGACUAGACCUAUGUCUCGCUCUCACUCGUCAGUCCAUUUCCACGUCAACUCGCCCAAUUUCAUAACUCGAUCUACACCCAUCCCUGCCUCUACAGCAAAAGAACUUCAUACCGGUGAACGAGGUGACACUAAGGCGGUACAUGAAGACUCAAGCCCUUCAACCUUCGCCUGUCCUGUAACAGGACCUGAGAUGCCCACACGCAAUUCAGGGACGACAAGAGAUAACACUUCUUCAGAUUCAAGAUUCUGCACGGAGUUGCGACAGUCUGCCGAAGAUGAUGAUCACUCGGAUCGUCGAUCGAGAACAACUGUCGAACAAGCAAGUCAAAUCCGUGAUGAAUUAGAAAAAGGCCUUAUUGAAUCUCGUCAAUUUGCGCCAUUCAUGAAUGAUAUCUCCCACUACUUCAAGAAAUUAGUCGAUGGGUUCACAAACGUAGUUGGAAGGAAUGAUCCCAUCGAAUCAGAUACACCAAGUUUCUAUUCCGCUUCAGAAGGUGGCCGCGAUUUGUAG